AUGGGCAUUCUUGAUUUAGAGCUUGACCAAUAUAGCAUAGGCGUAGCAGAAGUCCCAGCUCAGAUGCAAGAAAGGCCCCCAAUCCCGGCCCCAUAUUCUGCUCCACGACCCCAGCUAAUGCCAGCGGGUCCUAUCCUUACGACGCAUGAGAGCCCCUCGACACCCUUGGAUGGUGAGGAUGGAAACACCUGGAUGACUUAGCUGCGAUUGUGAAUAUGUCCCAUAUAGCGAGGCUCCGAUGCAAAACCUACACUGAUCCUCUACCCUUGUGUCUUCCCUGCCGUAUGGUUCCAACUUUUGUACAUCACACCCCCAGCACGCAACCAUGACUUACAUCACCGACACGAUUGUCGGUCGCUUCGCAUAUACCAGUGUCGCCAUACAUACCUUUGGCGUCGUCCUGCUCGCCGGCACUGUCAUACAGACGUUGCGAUCGUGGUACCGCCUCCGCCAUGUUCCCGGGCCAUUCCUGGCGUCUUUCUCGUCGGCGUGGAUGCUACGCAGGUCUCUGAGCGGGCGGUUUCACGAGCACCUCCGCGAAGUCGGGGACACAUACGGAACGCUCGUCCGCGUCGGACCGAAUGACCUGGUGGCAAGCGACCCCGAGACUCUCAGGAGGAUGUCGGCGGUACGAUCGCCAUAUACAAAAGGGACAUUUUACGAGACCGGGCGCAUCACGCCGGGGGAGGACACGAUUGUUUCUCUGAGGGACGAGGCGCGGCACAAGGCGUUGAGGAGCAAGAUGGGUCCUGCGUUCAACGGCCGCGAAAAUGAAGGGUUCAGCUUUGGCGCGGGCAUCGACAGUCAGGUUUGCCAGCUCGUCAACCUGAUUGACAGCAAGUAUCUCUCACAGCCAGGGCAGCACCGGCCCGUGCAGUUCUUCGAGAAGAUCUCGUUCUUCGCGCUCGAUGCCAUCAGCGACAUCUCCUUCGGCCAGGCGUUCGGGUAUCUGACCGCCGAUAAGGAUCUGUACCGAUCAACGACGCGGCUCGCACAGACCUGGCCAUUGAGCUUGAUGUUACCGAGGGAUGGGGACCAGACAGGGUUUGGAAGAUUAAUGGGUCUCGUCGACUCCAUCAUCGACAAACGCCUUGCUCCCGGAGCAGAGCCGCAGAAGGACAUGAUGCAGGCCUUUAUCAACAGCGGCAUGUCUCGCUCAGAGCUGACGCAGCAGGUGUUUGUGCAGAUCAUUGCUGGCUCCAUCUCGACGACAACAGCGAUAUGCAUGACCCUCCUCUGCCUCUUAACCACCCCGUCCGCCUACGCCGCACUCAUCGCAGAGAUCGACCGUGCCACAUCUACCACCACCACCACCACCACCACCACCACUGCCAACUCUCGAGAAAGCCCCUUAGACGCCGGCAGCCCCGCCAGCAUCAUCAUCACGAACACAAAAGCCAGAGCCCUGCCUUACCUGCAGGCCGUAAUCCGCGAGGGCUUGCGAUUCUACCCGCCCGUCAUCGGGCUCGGGAGCAAGCAGGUCCCUCCAGGCGGGGACACGAUCAAAGGGAUCUACAUCCCCGAGGGCACACAGGUCGGGAUGAACAUCUUCGGGCUGAUGAGGUCGCGCGCGAUCUGGGGCGACGACGUGGACGUGUUCCGCCCCGAGCGGUGGAUCGAGGCCGAGGCCGCCGUGCAGCAAGGGGGAGACGACGCGGUUGCUCGGCGGCUGCAGGAGAUGAAUGGCGCGGUGGAACUGGUGUUUGGACACGGCAAGUAUGUCUGUCUGGGCAAAGGGGUGGCCAUGAUGGAGCUGGGUAAGGUUCUUUUCGAGCUACUCGCGAGGUACCAUUUCUCCAUCAUCAACAAGGAGAGCCCCAUCAAGGCGUCGAGCGCGAUAUUCUGGGCCGCAAAGGACCUUUGGCUGCACAUCGGCCCGAGGCGAGCCAGGUAAAAAAAAUGCAGAGUUGGAACCAAAAGACAAGGAGUCGAGCUCAGCCCGGUCAUCUCUGAAAGAUUGCAUGCGCUGAAAGACCCAGUAUAUAUAUAUACCAAGACGUGAUAAGCCGGG